UCGCGAGGUUCCCAGACAGUGGGAACCGUGCUGUAGUCAUGGCACUUCCACCGGCGAGCGCAGUUUUCCUCAAGCACCUCCAACGUUUUCCCAUCAGAGGUAUUAUUGUGGUCCUGUACGUGGCUGCAGACCUGGGCGUCAACUGGUAUCUGAGGGACGACCCUCCGGUGAGCGACCGGUGUUCCUCCGAUUACCCCGAAUUCGGGGAGAGUCUGGAGAGCCCCCUGGUGGCGAGUGACGGGAGUGUGACGGACGACCUGGGUCGCACAUUUCCACCGGGGCAGUUCUGGUCGGAGGACGACACCGUGUACGGAUGUCCUUGCAGCGGCGACAAGCCCUGCAUCAGAAAGUGCUGCAGGGAAUACCAAUCCUACAACUACAGCUACUCCUGCGUGGACAGUGACUACGGGUUCACCGACCUCCUGGAAGUUGUCAAAGUUACCGAUGACGAAUUGAAGUACGUGAAUGUCACCGAAGACCACUUCUCGGUGUUGUCGAGUGAGUGCGAAGUCCCCCACAGACUUCCAGCGCCGUACACCUUGAAGUACCUGAACCCCACGGAAGACGGGACUGUGCUAAACGUUCUCUUCGGGAGUGUUUUCGACCAAUCGGAAUACUGCCUAGAAACAUUUGUAGAGGGAACAGUAGAGGGAGAGAGUGAGGUGUUUGUCGUCAUAUGUCUGCCGACUCCGGAGGUGAGAGAAUUCAGGGACCGCCGUCUGUGGCAGAGGAACCUCGUCUUCUACGUCCUCAGGGUGAUGUCCGCUACCAUCAACCUCGUGACCCUUGCGGUGUUUUGCCUGCUGCCACAACUGCGUGGUGGAUGCGGCAAGUCUAUCAUGUGUUAUCUAAUAGCGAGGAUCUAUUGUUCUCUUGAUGAUGCUAUCGUGACGACCAAGGUCAUCCCCACUGAAGACCGCCUCACCUGCCUUAUCGCAAGUCCCUUGGCGCUUUUCUCAGCCUUAUCGUCUCGCGCAUGGCAACUCGUGAUCGCCUACCAGAUCUGGUCGGCCUUCAGACCAGGAUCCUCCAGAGCUAGUGACCAUGGAAGCACGAGACAGUUCCUGGUGUACUCGGCCGUGGCAUGGGGCACUCCACUCGCUACAGCCCUAGUAGCUCUGGCAGCCGAUCAGAUAUCUGGGGCCCCAGACUUUCUUGCACCUAGGUUUGCUCAGGAGCAGUGCUGGUUUAACAGUCACGAUGCCCACUUCUUCUACUACUUGGUGCCGUACUACGCUGUGGAGCUGCUGGUUAUAGUGUUGUGCGUAGCUACGCUCUGGCACCUUCGCACUUCCAGGAUCGGCUCCGAGGCUCUUCAGAAUGCCGAGAGUCGCAGUCACAACGCUAAGGAUAUCAAGUGGUCUAGGCUCUACGCCAAGACUGCUCUGGUGAUGGGGGUUAACUACGCGCUGCUGCCUCUAGUCGUGAUACUCAACCAGUACUACCCGCUGUCUCGCUUUAUCAACAUCAGCAUCCUGAACAUCGACGAUAUCAGGGGCGCUGAGAUAUUCCUGAUCUUUGUGCUGAAGCGGGAGACGUUGUCGGAGUUAGCUCAGAGGUUGUCCUGGUGUCAGCGUACUCAGCCUUCACGGCCUGUGGCUAAGACACAACUGUAACAACCACGUCCUAUCCCUACAGCACAUAUUGGGGUGUUUACAACUCCCAGUUGUGUAGAAUGAAGCAAAUUUUGGUUUUUAGCUUAGCAUUCGUGCUGGCUGGUUUAGUACUUUUCCAUUACAUUAUUGGCUUUUUGAUCAGCUACUAAUCAAUAGGUAUUGAAGUUAUGUUUUUAUAUUGUUGUGAAUAUUUUCGGCCACUAGGGUGCUGUCAACAACUCAGAUAUGCGUUCAUGAGAAUCUUUAUUAUGUCAUAUCAAGGUGAAUAUUUGAAGUUUUUAUGUUGUAAAUAUGAAGUAAAUGGUUCAUUUGACGGAGAAGGACAUUAGGAGCAAUACCAGUCCACAACCGUGAAUAUGUUUCUAAAUUAUUUUCUACCUCCCUUUUGGAAAAAAGAAGUAAAAUAAACGCGUAUGUCACUAGACAGCUAAAACUUAAAGUAUUUUAAUACAUAUCGGAAACGAUUUGAAUGUUCUACUUGUUAAUAAAGAAGUUUAAAUAGAAA